AUGGGGGAUGUCAAGAAAGGAAAGAAAGUGUUUGUGCAGAAAUGCUCCCAGUGCCGCACAGUGGGAAAGGGGGAGAGCCACAAGGUGGGGCCCAACCUGUGGGGACUGUUUGGAAGGCAGACAGGGCAAGCACCUGGCUACUCCUAUACACAGGCCAACAUUGAUACAGAUAUUGUAUGGGAUGAAGACACAGAAAAUCCAAAAAAGUACAUUCCAGGCACCAAGAUGAUCUUCAGUGGCAUCAGAAAGAAAAAAGAGAGAAAGGAUAUUAUAGACUAUUUAAAAGAAGCUUAUGAGGCGCAUAAACUACUGCUGAUCGAUGCUUGUGUGGAACAUUGUUAG